UGGUGCCAGCGAACUUUGUUUAAACAGUCUCGAGUUAAAUACACGUAUAAAGGGAGAAGUGAGUCUAAGUUGCAAGCCAUUGCGUUAAAAUCACGAUGGCGAAUAGUCGGGUAUUUGUACUUGUGCCUUUAAUAAUCGUUACAUUUUUGAGUGUCGUUUGGAAUGAAUCAUAUUUGGUUAAAGCCGAAUUCGAUGUUAUUACUACCGAAGAAAAUACUACGGAAGAGGAAAAUUUAAUGAUCGAAUGUCAAAAUUCUGAUUACAGGACAUAUAUCAAAUGUCUAAAAUAUAAAGGAAACAAAGUGAAGAGACAUUUUCCUGAAAUAUCAACGGAAAUAGACCAUGAAUGUAUGGACAAGUGUGUUAAAAACUGCAGAACAACAACAAUACCAAUUCACGAUUGCAGUUCAAAAUGCUCUCAUUGUAUAAGAAGAAGGAAACAGAAAACUCAAAUCAUUACGGAAUACGAGACCGAGUGUAUAGAGGGAGAUUGUGAUAAGAAAGAUGAUAAGCCUCCUGUCGUAGGCAUGGCUAAUAUCACCACUAACAUGGUUAUUAAUAAUGUUAUUCGCACUGAUACAGAUGGAACUUCGGAUUCAACGACUAAACCGCCCUAUCCCCCUACUCCUUCCCCUCCCCAUCCCCAUUUCCCUUCUGAUUGCAAUUGCACUUGCUGUGAUAACUGUCCACCAUGUCCACCAUGGUGCUGUUCUCAUCAUUAUAAUCAUUUUGGAGGUUUUUAUGGGGGCUUGCAAUUAUCUUUGGUACCACAAUUAAAUUUGGGAUUAGGCCUUAGUCCAUCGUUUAAUUGUAUUUAUCCAUAUCAUUGGUUUUGCCAUCAUCGUUAUCAUUACCAUAAUCCAAUACCGUCAUCAGGAAUAGAUUGUUCUGGAUGCCAGUAUCCAGUUAAUCAAUACAGAUGUCACUCAUCUUGUUAUGGAUACGAUUCAUAUGGUCCACGAAUGAAAAGAGAGAAAACACCUUCAACAGAAUGAAUCACUAUGCUAUCAUAUUAUCUCAAUAAGAAUAGGAAGAGAUGUCAGCAUUACUCAUUUUUUUGUUCAAUCAUUUAAAAAAAAAAAAAAACAGGAAAAAUAUGCGCUUUAGUAUUAAACUUUCUGUAUAUUAUGAUUCACGUUGUAAUAUCUAAUCGGAGUCCAAUAUUGUACUAAUCAUUUAUAUUA